AUGCACAAUAUGGUGUCCCGAAGGAUCCAGACGGUCUCCAUGACCGUCUUCGGUCUCUGUGCGUUGAUGGCGGCAAGGUGCAACCCUCUCCCCCUCUUCGACACGAUCCACCAUGAGCUCCACGAAGUGCUCGACAACCUCCCGAUAGAGGAGGAGAAGCAGGCUCAGCUGCACGACCGGAUCCAUCACCUAUUCGAUGUGGAAUACUCGAAGGAAAUCGGCGAGGCGGGACUUCAGCCGAGCCAGGAGUUCUUCAACACAAUUCACUACGGCGUCCACGACGUGAUCGACAACCUGGGACUCACCCAGGAGGAGCUCAUCGAGGUGCACAAGGGGAUUCACAAGGUUUUCGCCGACACGUUCGUCGAAGGCGGUUGCUACUCCCAAUAUGCGCAGAAUCAUACGGGGUGUCUCCCGGAGGAUUCCGAGUGCCCGAAGGUGGCACGGGGGGUUAGUUCUUUCGAGAAGGGCUUCAUAGUGAACCUUCACAAUGAACUGAGGACCAAGGUGGCUAACGGACAAAAUCCCUACAAAGCCCUACAACUCCAGUCCUCUGCCAUGCUUGAAAUGAGUUGGGAUGAUGAAUUAGCCUUCAUUGCCCAGAAAUGGGCGGAUCAAUGCCGCUUCGAGAACGACUGUAACCAAUGCAGACGAGUUGCGAGGUUCUCGGUGGGUCAGAAUCUGUUCUUCAGCAAGAGCAAGUUCCAGGAGGAUCCUAACGCUGACUGGCGAUUACCAUUGUAUGCUUGGUUCAGCAUGGCACAGCUAUUCCCGCAGGAGGACGUGCCUUCCUACAAGGCGGGGAGCGAAUGGAGUACAUACACACAGAUGGUAUGGGGAAAGUCCUACAAGGUCGGCUGUGGUUUUGCCUCUUUUCGAGACGGCAGCGACUACCUAAAGCUCUACGUCUGCAACUACGGUCCCGCAGGGAACCUGAUAGGGCAACAGGUUUACAGUACUGGGUCCCCCUGCUCCAGCUGCCCCAGGGGUCAUGUGUGCAACGGAAUGGGUCUGUGCACCUAUCACGGAGAAGAUCAAAGAGACCUCAAAACCGGGGUAGCCAGCCCGGCUGCAAAUGAGCAUGACGAACAAGAUGAUAAUAGCCAUCAAGAUCAUGAGGGUCAUCCAGGUGUCCGAAAUCAUGAGGGUCAUCCAGGUGUCCCAAAUUAUCAGGGUUCUGUAGAUGCCGUGAUCGGAAACCACGGCAUCCUUUCGACCGCUUGCGAACAAGACUGUAUUUCAGCCUCUUCCUCGAAGUCUUGUGAAGUGGGAAGCGUGAACACCAACCAAACUUGGAAACGGAGAGACAAAGUUAGCGAAUUUCAUGUGACGGUACAUGCUGAGAUGUAA